CCACACUUCAUUUCACUGCCAUCCUCAGAGAGAGAGAGAGAGAGAGAGAGAGAAAUGAGGCCAAUAAACAGCGUAUCAUCAUCACCAUCACCGGCAAGUGUUACUGCGAUUAAAAUAUGGAAGUCUCCAAUUCCUUACUUGUUUGGAGGCUUAGCAUUAAUGCUGGGUCUGAUAUCUGUGGCAUUGGUCAUCCUUAUUUGCUCCCACAGAAAACGUGAUUAUUCUCCUCAGUCUUCUUCAUCAUCAUCAUCAUCAUCGUCAUCUGAAGCUGAAAACAUGAAAUCACAGCCAAUGACCAAGAUCUUAUACACAAGCUCAGAGCCUGAGGUUGUUGUCAUUAUGGCUGGCGACCACAAUCCCACAUACCUUGCCAAACCAAGCGCUUCUUCUUCUUCUUCAGUCUACUGCACUUGUGGUGCUCAAUCUCAACCUGAACCUGAAUCUCAACCAAGCCCUUCAUCAACCUCGUCCACUGAAUGAAGGCUAACAGAUCAAUAACACCUUCCUUUUCAAUUUCAUGUUCCAGUGGUUUUGUGAGAGCACGGAAUGUGAUCACUGAAGAUUAGUGUUUCCUUUUCACAAUUUUGUUUUUCUUUUUUUCAUAAUGAAAGAAUCUCCCGGCUUACUAGACUUUAUA